GCGGCCAGUGUGAUCUCUCUCUCUCUCUCCCCCACAAUAAAGAAAAACUAAACUUCUUCGCUCGUUGCCUAGUCGAGAAAUCUCACUGCAAUGCAAAGCUGAAACAUCACUUCUCCCCUUCAAAACCUCUCCAGACAGUUCUUCUGAUGGAUGAAGAAAACAGUCACAUGGAUGAUUCUUGUGAUGUAGGAUUUGUCUGCGGUGAUCCAAAAGUUGAUAUUCGUGUUGGAGAUGAAUAUCAGGUUGAGAUACCGCACAUGAUGUCUGAAUCCGAACGUGCAGCGUUUCUUUUGAAUCCUCUAGGUUUGGAUCUCGACUCUGGUUCCUCUUGUUCCUUUGUCGUGGGACUACCUGUCGAAGUAAUGUGGAUAGACACCAAAUAUCAAGAUGGACAAGGGUUUGGAGAUGAUAAUGUUGACAUGAGCGAGUCUCUCAAAUCUCUGAAAACAAAAAGAAACCGCAGAGGCGAGAGUGACUUGAACACGACAUCUAAGCAAAUAAGGAAUCUUGAAGCUGUGCCUGAGAAAGCAUCCAGUUCUUGGGAAGAUUUAGAAGUAGAUGGCUUUGUUCUUGGGCUGUAUACAUUCGGUAAGAACUUUAUUCAGGUGAAGAAGUUGCUGGAGAGUAAAGAAACAGGAGACAUACUUUCGUUUUACUACGGAAAGUUCUACAAAUCUGCUAAAUACAAAAUUUGGUCUAAUUCCCUUAAGAAGCGAAGCAGGAAAUGCAUACAAGGGAAGAAGCUCUAUUCAGGUUGGAGGCUACAGCAGUUGUUGUCUCGUUUGAUACCGAACAUUCACGAUGAACCUCAGAAAGAGAAGCUUGUGAAAGUCUCAAAGUCAUUUUCUGAAGGAAAUACAUCUCUGGAGAAAUACAUCAGUGCGGUGAACGAACUAGUGGGUCUCCGGUCUCUUGUAGAGGCUGUAGCAAUCGGUAAAGACAAAGAAGAUCUGACAGUCCUCACAACAGAACCCGUAAAAUCGAAACAAUGGUUCACAGUUUCUUCUGCGGUUGCUCCUGGUUUAGGGGCGUACAGUUCACUCACAUCAGAUGAAAUAAUAGAAAAAUUGAGUGGUGGUUCCCGUCUAAGUAAAGCCCGUUGCAAUGAUAUCUUCUGGGAAGCUGUGUGGCCCCGUUUGCUAGCUAGAGGGUGGCAUUCUGAGCAGUCAAAGGACCGAGGUUACGUGAAGUCUAAAGACCACAUUGUCUUCCUCAUCCCUGGGGUAAAGAAGUUUUCAAGACGGAAACUUGUUAAACAGAAUCAUUACUUUGAUUCUAUCAGUGACAUUCUCACAAAGGUUGUUUCCGAGCCUGAGCUUCUUGAGUUUGAGACAGCAGAGAUCAGACCACCCAAUGGAUUCAUGGAAGAGAACAACAUUUGCGACCAAUCAAAUCAAGAAAAACGCCGUUACCUCAGGUCUCCAGACUCUUCUUCUACUCAUAUGAAGUUCACUGUUGUGGACACUACUAGUUUGGCUUUAGGGGGAAAGUUGUGUGCAUUUCGGGAGUUGAAGAAUCCUAAUCCAGAAUCUCUAGUCUCCCAAUCAAAGGCUUGUGAACGAGAUAACAAUUCUUGUAUGGAAAGAUUCGAAACGAUGCCGUUGGAUAUACAGAACCAUGCCAAGUUGGCUGAUGAACCUAGAUGGGAAAAGAGGCGAAUGAAGAAACUGGUGGAUGACCCGAUGAGAUUCAUGAUUGUGGAUACAAGUGUGGACCAUGGUGGGCAGUCAUCCGGGAUAAAGAGACGGAGACAUUUGCCCGGUGAUGAGAAUCUCUUCAAGAUCAGUAGAGAGGCCUUUAGUGAUUCAUCUCAGAACCAUUCUGGCACAAAUAAAGGUGUGAAUUGUGAGUAUCCUAAGGGGACUGAUUCUGGUGUAAAGGAGGAGCCUUUGGAGAACUUCCAACUAGGUCGGUCAAAGAAGAGGUCCGUCCGAAAAUCAGAAUCUAAUAUCCAUCAUUCGGUUAGUUCUCUCCCCUUGCCCAAACGCAGGCGGCUCAGUGCUUGUGUAAGGAAAGAUAUAAAACGUUCUGGUGAAAGCUCGGUGGUAAACCCACCUGCAUUAGACCAGUCAACAAACUGCUACACCGAGUUAUCAGUUGGUUUGAUGAACAUCAAGACUGAGCAGUCAGAAGAAAAUGGAAAUGGGAUUGAGAUUCAAAAAAGGCUAGAAACUGAACCAAAUGGGUUAUGUUCCAUAUCGGUUAUAGACAAGCAAGAAGCUCUACAGGAACUCCGUUCAUCAGAAGAACGACUAGAGGAAUCAAAUCGAAUUGUAUUCGGAGAGAAAAUGUUCUUCCCAAGGACCUGGAAACUGCACAAGAAAAAGAGAAACCGAUUCAGCGUCCUCCUUCGGGCGCGGACAAGAAGUCUCCUUCCACUGAUCAUGGAACUAGUCAAGAAGUGGCAGCAUUAGAACAGAAAGUAGGGGAGCAGAACGAAGAGACUAACACAGAUCUUCCAAGAAGACAAAGCACAAGAAAACGGCCAUUGACGACUCGUGCUCUGGAAGCUCUUGAAUCGGGCUUUUUUACAGAGAAGAGCAUCAAAACUACAUCCAAACCGAGAAAACGGGAAAGGUCUACAAAGAUCAAGCAUUCGGCCAGUGCGGGUAAACGAACUCAGGGUGAGUUAGACAAUGGUUUUCUUGAAAAGGAAACCACAGCAAGUAAACCGCUGGACCAAGAAGAGGAUUCGGAUCCGAGCUUUCUUGUGAAUAAAGCAACAACGGCGAGCAAGCCGAUGGAUCAAAUAGAGGAUUCGAAGAAGACCGAGUUCCCUAAACGUCCUCCGAUUGUUCUGAAAAUUCCCUUUAAGCGUGCAUGAAGAAGCGUUGAAGACUGAAGUCUAAAUAAUUUUUUGGGUGUUUGAUCUUAGAGCUCGAACUUGCUGAAGAAGUGUGUAUAGGAAGAAGAAAGCUUUUAAGACAGAUUUUUUUUUUUUCUUUAUUUUUUGCCUGGUGAAUCUGAUACAUAUUACAUAUC